UGUGCCUGUGUGGGUGUGUAGGUGUGCUUUUCCUCAAAGCUCGCAUUUUCAUCCGCCCCGUUGGCCGCAGUUUGGCGCUGUCAGUAGCCGCUUUUGGACGCGUGUGCCGCCGUCUCAUCGCCGCGUCGUGUCACUUUGGACUACCCGUAAUCUCGGCCCGGCUGAUGCUCCUCCGAUUAUCUCGCCAUCUCGCACAGAGCGCAGCAUCCGAAAAAAAACACCACAAGCGCCGCAGGCUUAAUUCCAUUUAUUCGACUUAAAUUCGCUGUUAUUCUGGUUAUUCUUUCGAUUCGGAUUGGUGUUUUCGUGUUUUCGGGAAGUAGUUUCGGCGUCAUCUAAAAUUAAACGUGUUCUGAAGUUUAUAAAAUGUGUCAUUCCGAUCGUGCGUGCGUGUUAAGUAAUGCAAACAAACAAAUGAUAAUGAUAAAAAGGCGAUAAACGUUUAAAGCUCUGAACAAGAAAAGAGGUGCAAAAAAGCAAAAAGAAUAACACCAAGGGAGUGAGAGCCACACAUGGUUUAUUUGAGCAGAUUCGUUUAAUUGCGCAUCGCACGGCGAAGAGAGAAAGUGCCCGUGGAGUGGCAGAGUUCAGGAGCGGAGACGCCUCGUUGACAGGUUCCUGCUGUCUUCUAUAUUGCACCAUCGUCGCCCAUCGCCCAUCAUCAUCCGUGUGCUCCUGGUUUCCCCACAUGGCCGACGACGAUUUGCGGGCUCUGGUCGACAGCCUGGAUGACGCCUCGCAUGAGGACCUGGCCAAGGUCAUCGCCAACUUCUCGCUGGACAUGUUGCAGCGGGCCAGCGCCCUAAUUGGCGCCCAGCAGCAGCCGCACAGUGGGGCGCUGCUCCACAACCGCACGCAGCAGUGCCAGGAGCAGGCGGACCUGGAGGCACUAACAGCUGGCGGCAAGCGGAUUUUACAAUGCCCCAGUUCGUUCGAUUCGGUGCUGUGUUGGCCCCGCACAAAUGCCGGCAGCCUGGCUGUUUUACCCUGUUUCGAGGAAUUCAAGGGCGUGCACUACGACACCACAGAAAACGCCACACGCUUUUGUUUCGCAAAUGGCACCUGGGAUCGCUAUUCGGACUAUGAUCGCUGUCACCAGAACUCGGGUUCCAUACCCGUAGUGCCGGAUUUUUCACCCAAUGUCGAUCUGCCGGCCAUAAUAUAUACCUGUGGCUAUUUCCUAAGCUUUGCCACUUUGGUGGUGGCCCUCAUCAUAUUCCUCAGCUUUAAAGAUCUGCGUUGUCUGCGAAACACCAUUCAUGCGAAUCUAUUCGUAGCCUAUUCCACCUCAGCCCUCCUGUGGAUUCUCACCUUGUUUCUACAAGUGAUAACCACAGAGUCUAGUCAGGCUGGCUGCAUAACGCUGGUCAUCAUGUAUCAAUACUUUUACCUAACCAACUUUUUCUGGAUGUUUGUGGAGGGCCUCUAUCUGUACACGUUGGUGGUGCAAACGUUUUCCAGCGAUAACAUUAGCUUUAUAACCUACGCCCUGAUAGGCUGGGGCUGUCCAGCCAUAUGCAUUUUGGUGUGGUCCAUUGCCAAGACAUUUGCCCCACAUCUCGAGAAUGAGCAUUUCAAUGGGCUGGAAAUUGAGUGCGCAUGGAUGCGUGAAUCUCAUAUUGACUGGAUUUUUAAGGGACCCGCCUCAUUGGCCUUGCUUGUUAAUUUAGUAUUUCUCAUACGCAUCAUGUGGGUACUCAUCACUAAAUUGCGUUCUGCGCAUACGCUGGAAACGCGACAGUAUUAUAAGGCCUCGAAGGCGCUACUGGUGCUGAUACCUCUGUUCGGGAUCACCUAUCUGGUGGUGCUCACUGGCCCGGAACAGGGAAUCAGUCGUAAUCUCUUCGAGGCCAUAAGAGCCUUCCUCCUCAGCACGCAGGGUUUCUUUGUGGCUCUGUUCUACUGUUUCCUAAACUCAGAGGUGCGCCAAACGCUGAGGCAUCGAUUUACGCGGUGGCGCGAGAGCAGGAACAUCCACCGGAACAGCUCCAUCAAGAAUCGCAGCACGGAGGAAUGCGUGAUCUGCCUCCGUCCUUCGCCACACAGCCGAUUGGGAUCUCUGCAACGCUACCACAGCAUCGAUAUCACAGAUUUUGUUUAGGCCUUUUGUUCUUAAGGGGCAUCUAUAAAGUCCACAUUGUCCGAAAAGUAUACACUCGGUGUCUUGGUUGGGAUUUAUUCAAUUGAACCCGCAAGACGCAUAAAAAAGCUGCUGCUUCAGAAAGAACGAAGGGCUUUUGUCCUCAGCUGGAAAUAAAAAAACCUUGAAGUGUGAUGAAAUCAACCAGAGUCCUCCAAACUCACCAGUAAAGCAGCAGCUAGUGACUGGCAUUUCCUCAUUAACUCUUUGCUUAAGUUUCUGUACUAAGAAAUAUAAAAGCUAUGCCCACAAAGAAAGAGAUCAUGUUUAGACUGGACUUGUAGUUUAUUUUCGAGAGUGACUUGGAGUUACAGCAGAAAUGGUUAAACUAAUGUAGGUUCAGGAUUCAGGUUUUACGUUUUCUGAUAUUUUGUUGCAAAAUCUUAAGUACGAAAACAAGUUGCUUACACAAGGAUCUUAUCAAUCA